CUUCACCUCCAUAGAAUCAUUUCCAUCUUUGUUUAUAGUUCUUUAUCCCAAGCCAACAGUAUUUGAAGAAAGCUGGUAUGGAAGAACCAACUCAGCAUCCCUCGUUCAACUCUCAAGGGACGCUCACUUCUACGGGCCUUUUCGUCCCUCCCAGUAUAAAUCGCCCACGGUUGUAUGCGGGAGAUUCUUAUUCCUACUAUUCGCCAUGCCCCGCCACAAUUUCAGCUCGCCAACCGAGUUCAGAUGCUUCCAAAGCUGACGAAAUGACCAUAGAUGAUCUCACCCCAACUGAAAGCUACCCGAAGAGCUAUUUUGUUUUGGGUGUUGACGAGGCAGGCCGUGGGCCAGUUUUGGGUCCUAUGGUAUACAGUGCUUUCUACUUGCCGCAUGACCUUCACCACUCCCUCCUUGCGCACGAUUACAGCUUCAAUGACAGCAAGGUUCUAACACCUGGUGUACGCGCUAAUCUAAUGCGGCUGCUCUGCACCCCCGGGACACCCCUGUUCAAGUCAUGUGGAUGGGCAACUAAGCUUUUAUCUGCAAGAGAUAUUUCGUCGGGUAUGUUGCGCCCCGGCGCGGGUAUCUAUAACUUGAAUGCGCAAGCCAUGGACGCUACUGUGGAACUCAUCCGAGAGAUCGUGGAGGGCCGCAGAAUUGACAUUAGAGAGGUGUAUAUUGACACAAUUGGAAACCCGGCCACCUAUCAGCAGAAGUUAGAGCGGAUCUUUCCGUCACUAAAAAUUACAGUGGCCAAAAAAGCCGACUCUUUGUACCCUUGUGUUAGUGCUGCGAGUGUUGCUGCUAAAGUGACCCGAGAUGUGGCCUUGGAACUUUGCCAUAAAGAUAUAGUGGAGGCCCAACAGUUCGAUGACCCUUCACAAGCAACUUCUACCCACAGUUGGGGGAGUGGUUAUCCCUCGGAUUCGAAGUGCGUAACCUGGCUCCGAAGACACAUGGAUCCCAUAUUCGGGUGGGGUAAUGAAUGUCGAUUUAGCUGGGGCACUUCGAAAGAAAUGCUUGAGAUGAGGGGGGGGGUAAAGGUGGACUGGCCCCUAGAUGAUGAAAACACACAACUUCGAGAUUUCCUCUUCACGUCUUCUGAAGCUCCUAAGGGAACCAAUCAAGAGUUGCGAGAUUGGUUUGGGCAGAAGACAGCAGAGGUUAUUUAAACAGAAAUGACACCCCUCUGAUAUGGAAUCGCGAUAGCGACUUGUGAUACCCCAAUAAGUAUAAAUAUAGAACGCUAACUAUACAACAUGGUGGCGAAAGUAUCAAACAAUAUUAGAUAACGACAAAAUCAAAUCAAAUCAAAUCAAAUCAAUUAGAAUUAAAUAGAAUAAAUGAAGGAAGAAAAAUAGUUAGAGAGAAUAUGCCAAUCAAUGAACGAAAAGAGACAAGAAUGCCAGGAUCCAUUGGGUAUCAAAUCAGUUUCACUCAUUUCAACAUCCUAGUUCGAGUCGACGGGGGUAUCGUCGUAGAUUUAUUUCAGCAGACCCGGGGGGGGGGGGGGAGAUUUUU